ACAUAACACACAACAUUAUAUUUACCAUUUAUAUAAAUAUAUACAUAUAUACAUAGAAAUAUGCUUAGAAAUUAGUUGAUUUGAGCCCUUCAUUGUCCGACAUUUAAGUGUCACUUUUUUUUUUUUGUUAAUAACUAAAAAUUCCCUGUCAUUUUGGAUAAAUUAAAAGUUAAAAAAUAGUUAAGUGAUUAUUGUGUUGUACAAUUGGCUUUAUUUUGUUGAUAAAAAAUAUUGCUAAAUAAUUAAAACUAUGAAAAAAUAGAAAGCCAAAAAUUGGCCAAAAUAUCUAAACAUUUAUUGGAUACGUAAUACACACAUGCAAACACAUCAUCUAGGUAUCAUGAAAUUAAAUUAAUUUACAAAAAAAUAACAUCUAGUGUCAAACACAAAAAGGAAAAAAAAAGAGCUAAAAAAAUUUGGCUUGUUUGGUUUGUUUUUACUCAAAAAAGAACAAAAAUAAAAAACCAAAACAAAGGAUAUAAAUAAAAACACAUUUUGACAGUUAAAAAAAAAAUUAUUAUUUUGAUAUAAAAAUCGAAAAAAUAUAAUCUAAAUUGAUCUGAAUCAUCAUCUGUUAUAUCGCACGUUGAUUUGUGUGUUUCGUCAUGAGAAUUCUUGCGCAACAUUUUAAUGCUCCAGUGUUAUUAACCUCGUAAAUUAAAACCACGUUCCAUAAAUCCAUAAAUAAUAUUGUUUAAUAAAUAAAUAUAUAAACAAAUAUAUUUUAAAUAACAAUAAAUAAACAUAAGAAAAAUAAAAAGCUACAUUAUAAAUUUUACAUUGUUGGAUGAUGUGAAGGCGUUGUCCCACAUCGGCGUCGUCGCCGUCGUGGGUUUUUAUUGAUGUUUUUUUUUUUUUAAAUAUAUAUAACAAUAAAUAUAUUGUUUUUGAUAUUUUGUUAUUAAAUAAUUUAUCAAAAAUAUAUUAAUCAUCAUUGACAACAAAAUAAAAUUUAUAAUAAAAAAUGUCUCAAAUGAAUAUAAGUAAUGGAAAAAGAGGAAGAGGAGUUGCUGCAAGUACAUCAGCAACUCCAGUAUCUGCUUCAAGUAGUUCAACUGAUUUGGCUAGUCUAUUUGAAUGUCCAGUAUGUUUCGAAUAUGUAUUACCACCAAUUCUUCAAUGUCAAAGUGGACAUUUAGUAUGUAGUAAUUGUCGACCAAAAUUAAACUGUUGUCCAACAUGUCGUGGUCCUCUUGGUAAUAUACGUAAUUUGGCAAUGGAAAAAGUUGCAAGUAAUGUUAUGUUUCCUUGUAAAUAUUCAACGAGUGGUUGUACUGUGUCAAUGGUACAUAUUGAAAAACCAGAUCAUGAAGAUGCAUGUGAAUUCCGUCCAUACAGUUGUCCAUGUCCUGGUGCAUCAUGUAAAUGGCAAGGUUCACUUGAAGAAGUUAUGCCACAUCUUGUUAUGAGUCACAAAAGUAUCACUACACUUCAAGGUGAAGACAUUGUUUUUUUAGCUACAGAUAUAAAUUUACCUGGUGCUGUUGAUUGGGUUAUGAUGCAAUCAUGUUUUGGUCAUCAUUUUAUGCUUGUACUUGAAAAACAAGAAAAAUAUGAUGGACAUCAACAAUUUUUUGCAAUUGCACAAUUAAUUGGUUCACGUAAACAAGCUGAAAAUUUUUCUUAUCGUUUAGAAUUAAAUGGUAAUCGUCGUAGAUUAACUUGGGAAGCAAUGCCAAGAUCAAUUCAUGAAGGUGUUUGUUGUGCUAUUCUUGCUUCUGAUUGUCUUGUAUUUGAUACAGCAAUUGCUCGACGUUUUGCUGAUAAUGGAAAUCUUGCAAUAAACGUAACAAUUUCUAUGGUUUAAUAAAACUACUAAGUAUGUCAUUAUUAUUUUUUAUUUUUACAUAAUAUUAUUAUCAUUAUCAUCAAUCAUAGUUUGUUUAUUUUUAUCUAACAUAAUUUUUUAAAUAUAAAUUAAUGCGUAAUUGCUGAUGAAAGUUUAGACUGAAAUAAUAAAACAAAAAUGAAAAAAAUAAAUAA